AUGACUAAUAUUCUUGCUCGACUAGUAGAGCAGCAAGGUCAAGCCCCUGUUAAUCAGCCUAGAGACCCUGAAAUGGGACAAGAUAGGGCCCUGGAGAGAUUUCAAAAGUUUUCUCCUUCUAAGUUUCUUGGAGGACCGGACCCUGAGGCAGCUAAGAGGUGGUUGGAGGCUAUGAUCAAUAUUUUCGUUACCUUAAACUAUACGGAGGAUAAGCAGGUGCAUUUCGCUAUAUUUCAAUUUGAGGGACCAGCUAGGACCUGGUGGAAUGUAAUUAGGGCUAAAUGGAAAAGAGAGGGGACUGCAUGGACUUUAGUGAAUUUUGUGCGGGAGUUUAAUGAGAAAUAUCUUCCACCGAUAGUUCAGGAAAAGAGGGAGGAUGAGUUUAUUAAACUCCGUCAGGGAACCCUAAGUAUAUCUGAGUACGAGACUCAGUUCACUAAACUAUCGAAAUUUGCUCUCGAAUUGAUAACUACGGAGCAAAGGAGGGUUAGAAGGUUUGUACAGGGACUCAAUGUAGAAAUACAGGAGGCUUAG